GGUAGCUGUACUGGGGAGUAGGAAGUGGUUUGAAAAAGCGGGAAGGGAUAUCGUUAGGAUAGACAAACUAGGGAAGACAUUUUUGAGCCACCUUUGGCAGAGUAGGAAGGAACGAUUGGCCAUCGGUGAUCGGUCCUGUGGGAACAAUGCUCCGUCCUCUAGAGGACGCGUGGUCAAUGGUCUAACCACUAAGACAUGCAAAACAUAAGAGUGGUAUGCGGGAGGUGCCACUCCUUCAGCGCCCACCUGUACGAGUACCUAGCGGCAGAGCUCGGCCUGCUCGACGGCAUGACCAUGAAGAGCGCCUUCUGCGACGAGCUGGUCACCGCGUGCGACGGCCAGAUCGACUUCCCGACGUACGAUAGCGGCACCGUGGACUACUGCACCAAGCACACCGGCGGGGGCGACGACUUAUUCUGGUCGUACCCCUACGAGGAAGCGGUAACUUGCGACCUGUACUCCAAGCUAUUCCCGGACCUGGGCGCCAACGAACAGCCCGAUGAUACCGUCAGCAUGAGACAGACUCCGGACGGUAGCCAAUGGUGGUUGCUGGGUAUCUCGGGACAAAUCUACGCGGUGAACUCGGACAGCAUGGAUGAGUCUGAGCUGGUGAUCCACGUUGCCGGGCCGGUCCCCUCAGGAGGAAGUUUCUACGUCGACUUCGAGGAGGGUCUUCUGGACGUGGCAUUCGGGCCAAUGUUCGGCGACAACUCCUACCCGCAGUACUUCUACGUCAGCUACACGGUCCUGCUUGACGACGGCGAGAACCAACGCAACCGGCUGGCCAGGUUCACGUACGUCCCGGGGGACGCGGCCGCCACUCGCGCCUCGGAGGAGGUGUUGCUGACCACCGUCCCCAGGUUUAUCAGCGUACACGCCGCCGGCUGGCUUGGCUUCAAGCCCUCGGCCUACGGCAACCCCGGGUACCAAGACCUGUACUGGACGACCGGCGAUGGCGGACCGCAGACGGACCCUUUCAACCACAGCCAGGACGAGACCACCAUGCUCGGUGCCAUGAUGCGUAUCUCGGUCCCCGCGGACGGCACUGGCUACACCAUCCCCCCCGGGAACUACCACGGCUCGAAGGCCGAGAUCUGCGCCAUCGGUCUCCGCAACCCGUGGCGGUGUAGCUUCGACCGCUUGAACGACGACCUCUACUGCGGUGACGUCGGACAAAUCUCGGCCGAAGAGAUCAACUUAGUCGAGUGCGGCAACAACUACGGGUGGUCGAGGUUCGAGGGCUCCCGUUGCCAGGAGGCCGUUCAGGACAACGAGUUCAACCCCCCCUGCGACGGCGUAGACCGGUCCGGCUUCACCUUCCCGCUGUUCGAGUACUGCCACCCGGACUUCGACUCCACAGACAUCUGUGCCGACGCUUGCGCUGACUAUGCCUACUACGGCACGCAGUACGGCAGGGAGGAGUGCGCGUCUACUUGCUCUUCUUUCGCCUACUACGGCACGCAGUACGGGAGAGAGGUGAGUUGA